UAUGCACCUCGACUUCCAUCCAACCCAUACGGGUCGCACGCCUCCACCUCUGAAGCCCUUGAGCAAGCUCCAUUGCUUGUCUCGAAUCGUGCGCGUUUGGACAGCGUGGGUGUUUAUGACCGAAUCCUCUCUCCAGACGAAGAAAGACUGUUUGGGGUAAGUAAGAAGCCCAUGACCAAAUAUGGACAUGCUUCCCGCACUUCAAGCACUACUUCUAAGCAGACUUCAAAGUCCAAACCACGUUCAACAGCACUGGGUGAUAAUGGCACUGCAAAGCCUACACCAAAGUAUAAUACCCAGAGAAGAGAUCCAGUAGCUGAAGGCCAAGAAAUUCGUACUCCUCAGAAGUCGCGUACUGGACCAUCAAUAUCAGUGUCCAACCUAGUCAGUGCUGUGGAAGAAAAGCAACGACGACGAAGUACGGAUAGUAGCCAAAACUCUCCUGAAACCCAGAGACGGGCGCCAACUGCGGAACAGACAGUAGAGAGUUCGCCAUUGGCCACGAACGGGCAAAAUACCCCGGGAAAGGCAUCAACUCUAAAGAAACCCUCAAAGACUUCUUACAACUUGAUGACUCCACAUGGCAAACAAUCAGAAGGUGGAAAGACGUCAACAGCUCAGAAGCGGAAGGAUAUGGCCGAGAACAGGAUAGCUAAGCUGAAAGAGAAACAGGAGGGCGAGAAAAGGCGACAGGCCUCUAUAACUUCGUGGAAGGAAGUCAAUGAGGCAGAGAAGAGGCUUAAUGACCACACGAAAAGAGAGAAGGAUGCAGAGCGCAGUCUGUCAAGAGAAAUCUCCUUUCGAUCAUCGCAAGAGGGUGAUAUCCGCAGUCAAGCUACCCCUUCAUCUGUGAGAUUGAUAAACUACGGCGUCAUGCAACCUGCGCGCAAGUCUUGCGAUACUUGCCACGCACGGAACCAAGAAUGCGACGGAACAGAACCAUGCAAUUACUGUACGAAAAAUGGGCUGGGGCCAUGUUUAAACAGUAGUGCGUUGUCAUUCACACUGUCACAAGCUCUUUCAAGAUCAGUCACGCCGAUUACCCCUAUACCAAAUCGGCAAACUACUAUUCCCUUUCCACGCGACAAAGGCAAGGGAAAGCUAGUUGAGUCUUCCCCUGAAUUGGCACGUGGUUCCACCAACGAGCUCAGCAAGACUGUCAGAGCUUCCUCCGCUGUGGCGAACAACAAGAAGAUGUCACAGAUGCAGGACAAGGGGUUUGUUGCAAAAUCAAGCCCACUAGCUUCGAGGCGCGAGUCCGAGCAGCUGGCUAUCGAAACAAGUGAGUCACUUAAUCGAGUCAACCUGCAUAAUACCAAGGCGGGGCCAUCAAAGACAUUGGGGAGCAAAAAGGACCUGCGCGACGACCUCAACGAGCGAGAGGCAUCUCAGUCAGACAAUCAAUCUCCCAACCCGUCUGCGUCAACUGCCACGCCAUCAGCUUCAACUCGAGAAGGCGUUCUUCAAUCUUUGGAAAAGCUCGACCAAGGGACUUCCAUCAUAUCUCCAGCAAAGCGAGAUGAGAGUGCACCAUCGAGGUCGGUUUCCUCUUUCCAAAGCUCUGCUAGACGAUCUGUGUCAUUCCAGAAGGACAUUGAAAUCUUGGAGGAGCCGAAAGAUCCUACUCCUAGAGUAGCGAGUGCUCUAGGAAUACUGAAAAAGGCUUCCGUAAAAGGCCAACCUUUGAUCACUCCCGUACGUCGACUAGCUAAUGGCAUGUCGUCGCAAGAACAGCCACUAGGAACUACACCCUCGAGAGCUUCAAAGGCCGACAAGGAUAUUACUCUUAGUGUCUCUAAUCUUAGAAGGACUUCAUCGCAAGAACCUGGUACCUUGCGACGAAAAUUUUUGCACGUUGCUAUUCCUGCUGUCUCUGUUCCCGAUGUUCAAGCGCAGCGAGAAAGAAUCCUUGCGAGGCAGAAGUCUGGCUCUUUAACUGCCGAAACAAGGCUUGCACCAGCGACUCCUAGUGAUGAAGCAAUUGUCGCACCAACUACUAAUAAAGAGACGAUGGACAACAUGUCAAAUUCUACUGUCCCAACACCUGAACCGAAAUCAUCGGCGAUAGAGACGAAGGCUAGUAGUCAAAACAGCUUAUUACAAGCGAUCGAGAGUAAGAAGUCAAAGUCACGUUCUCCGGAACUAGCCCGAGUGACUCCAAAACGAAGGGGUAGACCACCUAAAAAGAAAACGUCUCCUCCUCAAGACGCAGAGCAAGAAUCUAGCCAUCUAAGCCCUUCCCGAAAGCAAUCUUCCGAAGAGCUGCAGAUUGCGCAUGAGAUCCAAGCUGCUGAGACAAGGAAGUUAUCUGAGUUGGCUGAACAAAAAGAGCCUGAAGCAACAAAACCAAUCACGGUGCUCAUGUCCGACGAGCCCAAUUCGGAGUUGAAUAUCGUUGAGCCAACAGUACUAGAAAAGCCUCAGCAGGUCGUCGAGACAGAGAACACAAGCAGACCACAUACGGCUGAGCUAGAGCCGUCUCAAGCAACUUCACCUGCUGCAACUGAAAUGAGCUACGAGUCCGAAACAGACGCAUUGGAUAAUGUGAAGACACCGGUACAGACACCACCUGAAGCACCCGGGAAAAACAAGCCGACGACAGCUGGCGCACAAGAGUCGGACGAGUCUGAAUCUGAGUCUGAGUCUGACUCCGAGUCUGAUUCUGACUCUGAACCCGAAGUAGAAGAGGAGGAGGCCACUAAGCCCUUGGCCGCCAAACCCAGGACGGACGGCGCAGAAAACUGGGACUUGUCUGAAGCGGAAGAGGAGGAAAAGCCCGCAAAGCCCGCACAAGCAUCCCCGCAACCUGCCCGGAAACCAGCUCAAUUCGUGUCCCAAACCUCCUCCGAGGCCUCUUCUAGUGACGUCGACGACGAGUCCGAUGAAGAGAGCUCUGACGAUGAAGAGCCCGCAAAGGUUAUCAAGCCCGGAACCCUAGCCCUCGCAGACGAAGAUGUGGAAAUGAAAGACGCAGACUCGGUUCCUCCCUCCUCUCCCCCAGAGAUACCCGCCCAGCCCAGGGAAACAAGUAAGAGCUCUAGCUCUUCAUCCAGUGCAUCAUCCAGCGACGACGAAGCGAGUGACGAAUCCACGCCCGUCCCUUCACGACCGGGCGGUACCACGAAAACCGACCUAGCAUCCUCAUCCUCACAAGAGCUCGGCUCGCCAUCCAGGACCGUGCCCACGACACGCCCGGCUCUUGUCUCAACCUCCAAGAUCCCCCUCCCACCGCCCAAAACUCUCCCACCCUCGCUCAGAGAAAGUUCCGCUUCAACCCCGAACCCCCCCGUCCCACCCCAACGCGCCUCCCAACCGCCCCCCAAACUCUCCGCGCCAACGCCAAUCCCCCGCCCACCCGACCGCAGCCGCGUCUCCGCCCAGAGCUUCCCCAGCAUCACCGAGCAGUUAUCCCGCGUCCGCUCCACCCCCAAACCAGAACCGAAACCGUUCAACCUCGCGACGUCGAGCCUGAAUCGGAUCAAAAAGGGCGGUGGGAAAACUGAGAGAGGGGAUGAGAGCAGUUUGGAUGAGAGCAGCAGCGAUAGUAGUAGUGAGAGCAGUGCGAGCGAAGACGGGAAAGCGCCGCCGCCGAAGCCGGGGUUGUUUCGGAGGUUUGGGCUGUUGAAUCGGUGACUUGGAUGCUAGGCGGUGAACGGACGGUUCGCUGCGACCUUUGCGACUAC